UUUGCUGAACGGAGCUGCGCACCUGUCUAUAAAGAGCUGUGAUUCUGUUUACAUUUCAGAUGAAAACAGUCAAGCUCAGUUAACUACAGUCUUUCCAGUCAAUUUCGCCGGACAAUGGCUCACCCAUUGACCUGGAUUCACGCCGUGCUUCUGUUAAUCAGCGUGAACCUGUCAAGUCAAAAUUCUGACUUGGACAGAGGCUUUACUGGUGAUGAAACUGAGGAGGGUGUAUCGGUGACGUCCACUGCUGUUGGUGUACUGAACAGCAAGCUCACCCAGAUCUUCUUCCCGGUGGUGUACAUCAUUGUCUUCAGUGUGGGCUUGCCAGCCAAUGCUUUGGCCAUCUGGGUGUUCCUCUUUAGGACGAAAAAGAAACAUCCCUCAUCCAUUUUCAUGGCCAACCUUGCACUGGCGGACUUGUUGUUCGUAAUCUGGAUUCCUCUUAAGAUCGCGUACCAUUUUAACGGGAAUGACUGGAUCUACGGAGAAGCCCUGUGCAAAGUGCUGGUGGGCUUUUUCUAUGGGAACAUGUAUUGUUCAACUGCUUUCAUUGCGUGUAUAAGUGUCCAGAGGUAUUGGGCCAUAGUACAUCCUCUUUCCCAGCAGAAAAGGAACAACAAAUUGGCGGCAGGUGUGUCUGUGUGUGUGUGGCUGGUUGUGUGGGUCAUUACGGUGCCUCUUUAUCUUUAUGACCAGACCGUGAAGGUCACCAACCUUGAAAUUGUCACCUGCCAUGAUGUCACUCGUCCUAGCCAAUCACUUUACCCUUCUAUCUACUUCCUGACUAUGGGAAUUGUGGGAUUUGUAGUUCCCUGCAUAGUAAAUAUAGUGGCAUAUGUGCUGAUGCUGCGUGCCUUGAAGAGCUCGAUGACAGACGCUAACAUCGUUCAGAAGCGGAGGAAGGCUGUCGUCCUCAUCGUCACGGUGCUGGUGAUGUUCCUGCUGUGUUUCACCCCCAGUAACAUCAUGGUUCUGGUGCAUUACUCCCUGCUCUAUUUGGGAGUACAGGACAGCGGCUACGGCUUCUACAUCACCACGCUAUGCCUGGCCAGCCUGAACAGCUGCGUCGACCCGUUUGUGUAUUAUUUCAUCUCAGAUGAGUUUCGAGAACAUGUCAGAAACAUGUUUCUUUGUCGCAGCGAGCGCACCGCGCAGAGGAUGCGAGUUUCCUUCAGCGCACUGAAGUAUUCAAAGAAACAGAGUACCUACACGUCAGACACUUCAAACACGCAGAGUACUUCCUAUUAAGAAUGAUGUAUGAAAACCAUAAACUGUUUUAUAAAUCUGUGAUAUGCUCUACAAUACCUCUUGAAAACUGUAUGAGCUCUUGUUAUUAUAUUCUGAAAUGUUGUAAGGGCUGGAGGGACAAGAUUCUGCAACAGGCACUGAGUUAUAGUUGACAUUUCACAUGUAAUUCAAGCAAUGAGUAAACCUCUCCAUGAAAUCUCACCCAUAUGUAAAAAUACCAUAGGGGUUUCAUACCAGCACUUCUUGGAACUCCAAAUUGUCCUCCUGAUUGACGACGUCAUCACUAUGGAAAUGUUGAAGGCAGCAUUGUUAUCAUUAUGUUUGCCAUUGUGUCACUAGAUACAGGUUGCCUUAAGUCUCUGUGUCAUGGGAUUUCUCAGAAUCUUCUCUCAAAUGACCUUUAAUCCAUUUCUGUGGACGUUGACUGGAAGCUGACUGAAUAACUUAGUAGAUUUGGAGCACCUGUUACAGAAACCAUGUUGCAUAUAUUCCUGUCUAAAUGUGUGUAGGAGCAGCUCUAUAAGAAUGUAA